AAAACGGAGACUAUUAUGACUAAAAUAGCGCCCGCCCGAAGUGGGUAGGUAAAGGAUUCAUGGUUGGUGGAGAGACUUCUAUGUUCAAAUUCAGCCCACCGGAAGUCUAAUGCCCCGGCGAGAAAAUAGCAGAGCUGAAAGUUUGAAACGAAGAAAUGGAGUUAUACUGGAAAGCAAUGGAACAGAUCACUUGGUACACCGGACUAUCCCCGACGGCCUUCUUCACCAUACUUGCUGCCAUGAUCUUCGUGUUUCAAAUGGUUUCCUCCAUGUUCGUUUCUCCAGAAGAGUUCAAUAAGCCCCCAACUGUUCCGAUUUCUUCGUCUAACCCAUCCAAUUCCAAUUUGUUUGUUAACGAUUCGGUUGCAGACCCCUCGCAAGCAGUCCAAGUAGGGCGGUUGACGGAGCAGCAGUUGAGGGCUUACAAUGGCUCGGAUCCGAAUAAGCCACUUCUUAUGGCUAUAAAGGGCCAAAUCUACGAUGUAUCUUCUGGCAGGAUGUUUUAUGGACCUGGUUCACCAUACUCUAUGUUCGUCGGGAAGGAUGCCAGCAGAGCCUUGGCUCUCUUGUCUUUCAAACCUGAAGACAUCAAUGGUAAUAUUGAAGGUCUGAGUGAAGAAGAGCUUGUAAUCUUGCAGGACUGGGAAUACAAGUUCAUGGAAAAGUAUGUAAAAGUUGGGGUGCUUGUAUCAGAGGCUGAAUUGAAUGAGGAUUCUGAAAAUGGACACCAAAAUUCCGAGGCCGUGCGAGAAGAACACGACAAAGAUCAGUAAGAAGAUGUUUAUAAUUUUCAUCUUUCAUCGGGUAGAUCUCAGGAAAUUCAUUCUAAAUAUCAUGCUGCUGUUGAAUGUGCCAGUCCUUUGUUCCUUCCUGAUUUUGUGAAGUCAUGUGCAAGUUUUAUAAAAAUUUGUGUUUUAUAAAAUUUGUGAGUUGUAUAAAAAUAUGUAUAAAGUCAUGUGCCAGUCCUUCAAGUGAUCAAUCUGCUUGAAGUUAGAAAUUCUUCUACCUUUUGGCUAGAUUUUUGUCUGUUUUGUUUGUAUAUUGUUUUGAGACUAGAAUUUUAUAAGACUGCUGUAGUAUAUUAUUGGUUAAAAAUUAUUUUUAGUCCCAAA